CGGUAUCGAGGUGUAUAUGGCGAUGUAUACAUUCGUUGUGACUUUUCCACUUAUUCCAUGCGCGCAUCACCUGGACGCAGCGGGCGGCUGGAUAUCUGUGUCCAGAUGCCGCUGCGUCCAGGACGGCCGCACUCUUCAAACAACGGCAUAAAUCGACCGAUGCAUCGACAACAUUUUCCCCUUGCACAGUCCCACACGUUUCCCAUCCAUCCUUUGCCCCCUCCCCCAAAACUCUGCAACAUUUCGGAACCUCCCGGACCAAACACUCGUCCUAAGUUCCUAACCACGGUAGCUGAACAAACGAGUGCUACUACGCUUGCAGAUCACACCGCGGAAGCCUAUCUACUCGGAACAAACUCCACAGUCCACACCCACCUCGCGCAUCAUCAGCGGCAUAAAUACCUCUCCGAAGCUUGGGAUCGUGUGUAGAGUGCGCACGCACAGGGUGAUAGCUAGCCACGCCGCGGAAAUGGGAAGGCCGGAGCACGACGGGGCUGCGUCGCCGUUCGGGUUCGGCACGUCCCCGCCUCUCUCCGGCGCGUCGUCCCCAUCGCCGCUGCUGCCGGCACCCAACCACGGCACGACGAGGUUCGGAGGAAGGAGGAGGAACGCCGUCGUCAGGCUGAUCUGCUCGCCCUUCGCCGCCGUCUUCGGGACCGCGUGCUCCGCCGGUGCAGCUGCACACGACGUCGACCGGGCGACGAGAAGGCCGAGCCUCGAGGAGCUUCUCAGGAUGGAAGCGUCGUCGUCGGAUCUCCUCGACGUCAAGCAACCCAAGGAGCCUGCCGAGAUGGUCGACACGUACGACGACGACGACGACGAAGACUCCUGGAAGCAGAGCGCCAUCGUGGUGUUCGAUCUAGGCAAGGACGGCGACAAGAGCCGCCCGAUCAUCGAUGACGAGAAGAUCGACGCGCCACUGGCCGUCUCAGAAGAUCCGCACGGCGCCAUUACCUGCCCCGGCGACGAGAAGGAGCCCGAGGAGGAGCUCGACGCCGGCGGUGGCGGCGGCGCCAUGCUGUCCCCGAAGGCGCUGGUGAACGUGGAGAGGCUGGUGGUCGUCCUGGCGUCGCUGGGGGCGCGCUCCAGGGCCCUGAAGGGCUCGUACGGCAGGCUGGCAGCCGGUCGCCGUGUCGAUGAUGGCAAGGCGGAGCUGUUCUACGACCGGCCGAUCCCGCUGGGGCGGAGGUGCCGGGUGCAGCACCUGGAGGAGUCCCCUUACCUGUGAAUGUGACUGCUUCGUUGAGGUGGCAGCGGUGGUGCUUUCGCUGUCGAGUUGUGUGUAUGUGGAAGUGGAAUUGUGGAUGACCUACUUAAACAAACUUGGGUUGGAAAGGAGAAAGAUGAUGAUGUUCACUGUCAGGUACGUUGAGGCCGGGAAAUGCUACACUUACGGACUGUUUUGGCACCGAAGGAGUUACGGACUGAAGUGUAAAUCUAUGAUUGGUUAGUGAUGGAGCCCACAACAAAA